AUGGAGGCCUUGAAGGGACAGACCGCUUUUAUCACUGGAGCCUCUAUGGGCAUUGGUGAAGCCAUUGCGUUGGCUCUGGCUGAGCAUGGAGUGAACGUUGCUCUGGUAUCUCGAAGCAAGGAUAAGCUUGAAGCAGUGCGAAACAACAUCACAUCCAAAUUCCCCGAGAUCAAGGUCGGAGUCUACCCUGUUGACAUCCAGAACCAACUAGACAUUGAGAAGGCAGUCAAGUCGGCCAUAUCUGAGCUUGGUCAGAUUGACAUCCUCAUUAACAAUGUUAUUCAAGCCGGGCUUGCACUUGGCGCGCCGGGGCGCUUUUGGGAAAUUCCCAUCGAUCAAGUCGCCCAGAUGUCGAACACCAAUAUCAACGGCGUCAUGUUCACCACCCACGCCGUCCUCAACCACUCGAUGUGGGAACGAAAGACAGGAGCCAUCAUAAACGUCUCAUCCGUCACAGGUCUCGAGUGUCCACCCUUUAACGGCGAAGCAGUAUAUCACGCAUCAAAAGCCUUCUUGGAGGGCUUCUCUAACAGUCUACGAAUGGAAACUGCUGGAUCAGAUAUUAGGGUUUUAGUUCUUCGGCCAGGUGCUGUCCAGACACAUUUUCAUCUUCAACGUGUUCAGUACGAUCAGAGUGCUAUGGAUGACUUUGUUGAGGGAUAUGAGCCGCUGGUUGCAGAAGAUUUAGCACAGUCGGUAUUAUACAUGCUGAGCUUACCGCCUCGGAUUUCUAUCAAGGCUUUCGAUUGUGUUCCUACGGCGCAGAGGGCUUUGACAAACUUUGAUCGGGAGUGGAACUCACGUCGUGAAUAG